AUGGCGGCGGCGGCAGGCCGAGCUGGCCUGGGUCACGUAGCAGCCUGGAAGGUGCUGGGGAAGAGAAUGGAGGGAAUGGUGCCUGCAGUGUGGAUUCGUUGCCUUUUUACGAGGUCGAGAAUUCCAGACUCGGUAUUUCAGCCACGGCCUGGAGAUCAUGAGAAGUAUGGAGGUGACCCUGAGCAGCCCCACAAAAUCCAUGUUAUUACUAGAAUAAAAAGUGUAGUUGGUCGUCCGUAUUGGGAAAAGAAGAUAAUACAUGAUCUCGGAUUGGAUAAAGCGCAUCAGCCAAUACUGCACAAAAAUAUUCCUUCUGUGAAUUCCAAGCUGAAGGUUGUUAAACAUCUCAUAAGAAUACAGCCACUGAAACUACCUUAUGGAUUACCUACAGAAGAAGAAAUGUCAGACACCUUUCUUACAAGCAAGGGAGAGCUUGUCAUUAAACGGCGUCUGAAACCUGUGGAGCAGAAGAAAAUUCAGUCUUAAUU